AUGGGUUUCAAAAGGAUGUUCGAAGCUGGCAUGUUUCCAGGUGUCAUGGCCCAACUUUCAAGUUGGUAUCGCACCGACGAAAUCGGCAAGCCUGUCACUUGGUUUUUCGCCAUGUCCAAUCUUGCCGGUAUUAUCGGCUCCCUUCUUUGCUAUGGUAUAAGCUAUCUGAAUGGUGUUCGCGGCCUUAGUGCUUGGAGAUGGGUCUAUCUACUAGAGGGCUUGGCGACGAUCGUCUUCUCUGGUGUCGUGUUCUGGCUCUUGCCAGACUACCCAAAGUCUCCUCGCAGCAGUCGCUUCCUCACAGAGCGAGAAAUGGAGUUUGUGGAAGCAAGGCUGCCAGAGAAUGCACCGUUAACAAAUGAUCCCGACUUUGCUGGCAAAGAGAUCUGGGCCGUACUCCGAACGCCUCUCAUCUGGUCGUUCAUGCUCUCACAGACCCUAAUCAACAUUGGGGGGAUUCUUAUGUCUGGAAUGGUAGUUUGCUUUGUGUUAUUCUUUACCAUUACCAAUCGUUAUGGCAUUUAUAUCUCGUGCAUCUUAGGCACUUUGUUCUAUCAGUCGUAUUUCAUCCCGUUCUGGGCUUGGAGGUCCGCUACGCUUUGGGGAUCUACGGGGACUGCCUUCACCCUCGGUCUACAAUCCGGCAUAGCCCAGCUUGGUGGCGUCAUCGGACCACAACUGUUCCAGUCAAAGUUCGCAUACAAUGGCUACAAGACUAGCUUUGCUAUCGCAGCGGCCACUACCAUUGCGUCUUUUCUGGCCAACCUUUGGACGUGGUGGCUAACAAGGAACACGGAGUACGACGUAAUGAGAGUCCGGAGAAAGAUUUUGAAGGCGAGAAAGCUUGGGAAAGUCAACUUUGAUGAUGAUAUCAGGGUUUUUGAAGAAAGACAUUUUUACGAUGGGCUCAAACGUCAGAGGCGAGAUAAUAGCGAGGAAAGCUCACAAGCGUAA